AUGAUGUCACAAAGAUAGUGAGCUGGUUAGCAGCUGUCCAUCCUCCAGCCAUCUUGUCUUCUGAGAUAUUUUUUUCUGCCUGAGAGUCUACCUUUUUCCCAGAUGAUCAAAAUUGGGACCAUCCACUCCCUUAUGAGGUAUCCAGCCACAAGACGUUUCAGAACAUACUGCAAGAAAGUCAACAUGUAUAAAUGCUCACAUCACACGUGGUGUGUGAACAGAGCUUUUGUUCUCAUGCAGAUUUGAAGGAAGGGUUCACGAGUUCAACAAAGCUUGAGACCCGCGACCAGUGUCAGGCUCUUUUCAGGAGCCGAGGUUACAGUGACACAACAGUGCCCAGAACUACCAGAGAAUGCAAACCCCUACAACAUGUAGUGCACAACAGACAAGAAAAAAUGCCAUUCUGGGCAGCAAGAAGAGAAAAAGGAAAGACCUUAGUAACCAAUACUUAAGCCAGGCUAUAACCUUUCAAGUCAGAGAGAACUGGGCAUGAAUUCUCCAGGUUUCUCUACCAACCAGCUGUGGACCUUGAGCACAUGUGGCAGAGACGGCCCCAGUAGGUACUCACGGAAUGAAUCCUGAAGGGAACCCUCUGAGCCAGUUUCCUGACACUAGCAGUGUACCUUGCACCUUGCAGAAUUGAAAUGAGAAAAGAUAUAGUGCUAGGAAAAACAGACUUAAGUCCUAGCAGGCUGGGCACCGGUGUUCUAAAGCAAGUUCUGCCUAAACUAGCAGGAAUGUUUUCACCUCAGGAAGACUGUCUAGGGCCAGAUUGGGAGGGAGGUGAAGAUAGGGGCAGGGCCCUGGGCAGGGCCAGUCACUGAAGCGAGGCCAAGGCCUGGAGGGAAAGAGCCAGUUCCUGGUGGCUGUUGGGCAGCUCACACAGCUCCCUGCUACAUCAGCUAUGGUCCUCCCUCUGCCCUGGCUCUCAUGUUGCUGCCGUCGCCUCCUCCUGCCUUCCUGGCCCCUGGGGCCCCAGGGUUCCUGGAGGUGCUGCUCCCAGAGCCCUAAGGCAAGCACAAAAGAGCAGACCAGCUCCACAUGCAGUGAGAAGAUGAGGUCACCGCCAAGGGGUCCCCGGCCCAGCCCCACAGCUGAGCUGGCCCAAGCUGAAGAGUUGCUGGAGCAGCAGCUGGAGCUGUACCAGGCCCUUCUGGAAGGGCAAGAAGGGGCUUGGGAAGCACAGGCCCUGGUGCUCAAGAUCCAGAAGCUGAAGGAACAGAUGAGGAGACAUCGAGAGAGCCUAGGAGACGCCUAAGCUUUCCACCAGUUCCCACUUUAUCUUCCAACACUGGAAACACUACAUACCACCCACACUGGGCCUUUGGGUCAGAAACAUCCCAGGCCCUCCCAGGCCACUAAGAAAAAUGGAAAACACCUCCAAAAAGGGCAGAAGUUGGAAAGCAGCAGGGAGCCAUGGCCUCUGCAGUCUUCUUAGUCACAUCCCCCUACCUUUGAUCCCUCCCCACUGACCUGGGCCCCACAGUAGGGCACCCAGUCCUUAUAGGAAUAUACACUGAAUCAUGGCCUCACUUCACCCUAAAUCCAAUAAAGGGAUGGAGCAUUUAUAGACACCACAGA